UUGUAGUUGUUAACGGUAAACCCUGUCGUAUCUGGGGAGUGCUGCGUCAAAACGCCGUGCAGUUCUUGGCCUGCAGUAAAAAUGAGCGCCCUUUAUGGCCUCGUUGUUUUAUUGAAGCGCUGCAGCAGUUUUAAGAGGUCGGCUCUGUUCCUCAGAGUAAAUUAAGGUCGUUUUGAGCACGCGCGGCUGUAAACUUGGCUAGCUUCCGCUGAGUUUAACGUCAUCAUGAGCUCCGCUCCAAACCACGGGACGGUUACCGAGACCGGACCGCCCAGGAAGCGGGUCUCCGCAGUCUCUGUAGCCGGAAGUGUCCAGCAGGUGUUCAGCCAUGUGAAAGUAGAAAACCUGGUGGCAGGACUCAGCGGGGGGGUCGUGUCCACGCUGGUGCUUCACCCGCUCGAUCUCGUCAAGAUCAGGUUUGCAGUAAGUGAUGGCCUGGAGUUAAGACCCAAGUACAGUGGGAUGCUUCACUGCAUGAAGAGUGUGUGGCACCAGGAGGGCCUGAGGGGUCUUUACCAGGGGGUGACGCCCAAUGUUUGGGGUGCUGGAGCAUCUUGGGGUUUCUACUUCUUCUUUUAUAAUGCGAUCAAAGGUUACACAAAGGAAGGGCGACAGGAUGAACUGAGCGCAGGAGAACACCUGGUGUCAGCGGCCGAAGCAGGUAUCCUGACUCUUAUUAUAACCAACCCGAUCUGGGUCACUAAAACCCAGAUUGUUCUGCAAUACAACUCUGACCAAACCAGUAAGCAGUACAAGGGGAUGGUGGACGCUCUGGUUAAGAUCUACCGCAAUGAGGGCGUCCCAGGACUGUACAGGGGUUUUGUUCCCGGUCUGUUUGGUACCUCACAUGGAGCGCUGCAGUUCAUGGCCUACGAAGAGCUGAAAAGAACCUACAGCAAGUACAAAAAUGUUCCCACAGAUACAAAGUUGAACACUCUGGAAUACAUCACGAUGGCAGCAUUAUCCAAACUGUUUGCUGUGGCCACAACGUACCCAUAUCAGGUGGUUCGAGUUCGCUUGCAAGACCAGCACAACAAAUACAACGGAGUUGUGGACGUCAUGAGUCGGACGUGGAGGAACGAAGGCGCCAAAGGUUUCUACAAAGGCAUCGUUCCCAACUUGAUCCGCGUCACCCCUGCCUGCUGCAUCACCUUUGUGGUUUACGAGAACGUGUCCCGCUUCCUCCUGGGGACUAAAUAAACCCCGUCGUGGACUCACGCUGACAUGGAGCCACGUGGAGACAAAGCAGGGACUGUUCCUGUUUGGCUGUUGGGUUUGUGGAGAAGAGGAGGAGGGACGCUGCCAAGUGAAACAAACGACCAACCAACAGCUGGAUUAGUUUUUAUUUAAGUUUAAAAUGUAUAUUAUUUGUGAAUCAUGAGCCUGUGAUUGAAACGCACAGAUACAGGUUGGACAGUGCGGCAGUUGUUUACAAUGUUUCUUGGCAGCAGAAAGAGAAAAAACAAACCGUGGA